AUGGUCGAGGAGCACCAUCCCAUCGACUCAUUCCAGGUGAACUGCAGCGUGUAUCUGACGCUAGGGUUCGAUGUUGGUGGUAGUAAUGGAUUCUUGCUGGUGACUGAAAGAAAUCUGAUUCUGAAGAACAACGACGGCACCUGUACGUUGGCGGUGAUGCCGACCGAUGCGGAUGGCUUCGACAUGGGUAAAAACAUCCAAUUGGGCAUCCCGUUCCUACGUGGGCGCUGUACAUAUUUUGACACUAGCCUUCAACGGAUCGGAUUCGCCGAUGCUAUACAGCACUGA